AUGGAAUUAAGCCGUUCAAAGUUUACCUACAAGUACAUUUCCAAGUCGAUAAAAAAAGGUGUGAUCGAAGAUAUCAACGAAGUGAUUCCAGUCUUGAGUGGUUUAACGUUGCUUCAAAUAGCAACUGUUAAUAAUGAUAAAAAAUUAGUGAACUAUCUGCUCCGCAAAGGAGCUGAUAUAAAUUCAAAAAGUAAAUGCUGGGGUAAAGUUUUUAACAUUGCUGUUAUGACUAAUAACCUGACAACAAUUCAAAGUCUAAUAAGCUAUGGAGCAGACGUUAUCAGUAAUAUUAAUCAUCAAAUUGAAAUCUCUGAAUCGGGAAGUUUCCUGGAAGCAGUUAUCAAAUAUUAUGAAGAAGAUCAUACUUCUGAUCCUGAGUUAUUACUAUCAUCCCUUCACAGUCUGAGUAUGUUAAUGCAUUGUUAUAAAUUAGAUUUUGCCAUUGUACCAUUAAAUAUCGCUAUUAGUUUAAUGAAUGUAGAAAUGGUAGAGCUACUUUUAAAAAAUAAUGCUAAUCCGAAUGCUGAUGCUGAUAUCGAUAAAUAUCGAUCACCACUAAUCUUUGCUGCUAUUAGAGGAAAUGUACCAAUUAUAAAACUUCUUCUGGCCUACGGUUUAGAUGUUAAUAUCAGAAAAAAACAUUUAGGAGAAAGUCUUCUGCAUAUUGUUGUCCAAAUGCGAAACUCGGAAGCAGUAGAAUUUUUCUUAAAUCAUGAUAUGUUUGAUAUAAAUAUGGUGACAGAUUGUAAAGAUUCAGCACUUCAUUACGGAAUUAUGAAUGCGACCGACGAUAAUAUCAUAAGGCAACUUCUAAAUGCUGGUAUUGAUAUUAAUUUGAAAAACACUAGAGGUAAAACAGCAUUUACUUCAAGACUAAAUAAUUCAGGAAAAGUUAAUGAUGCAAUUACGGAACAUAUUGCGAAAUGUAGUGCGGCGAAUUUUUAUGUCAAUCAAGAAAACUUAGCGGUCGUAAAUAGUGAAAAAUUCGGUGCAUUAAGCAUUCAGUGCAUGAGCGAAAUUGAAAAAAUGAAGACAACAUUUGUUGGUAAAAGUAAUGUAACGUAUCAUUAUGUAUUGUAUAAUAAAUGUGUACACAAAUUAGCUUUAAGUUUAAAAUAUGUUAGUGAUAGUACUAUUUUAGAUUUAGACAUUAAAUCUAUUUUUCCCCUAUAUGCUGGAAUGAUGACUUACCGCUUAAAAAAAGCAUUAAGAAGAAAAAAAUUCUUAUUCAAUGCUAUUGAUUCAACUAAUGAUAUUUUCCAAGAACUGCAACUCCCAAUAUUAUUUAGAUUGUAA